GCCAUACUGUGUCGGGAAGCGACUCAGUCUCCAGUGCAUCACCCAGCAGAAGCCAUCCUGCGUCUGGAAGCGACUCCUUUAGCAUGUCACCCGGCAGUAGCUAUACUUUGUCUGGAAGCGACUCAAUCUUCAAUAUGUCACCCAUCAGAGCCCAUCCUCUGUCUGGAAGCGGCUCAGGCAUCAGUAUGCCAUCCAGCAGAAGCUAUACUGCCUCUGGAAGCGACUCCGUCUUCAGUAUGCCAUCCAGCAGUGACUAUACUGCGUCUGGAAGUGACUCAGGUCACUUCAGUUUCACACCCAACAGAACCUAUUCUAUGUCUGGAAGCGACUCAGUCUUUACUUUUCCAUCCAGCAGCGACUAUAGUUCGCCUGGGUACUUCAGUAUGACACCCGGCAGCACCUAUACUGUGUCUGGAAGCGACUCCAGCUUCUUCAGUAUGUCACCCAGCAGAAGCCAUGCUGCCUCUGGAAGCGACUCAAGCUUCUUCAGUAUGUCACCAAGUAGAAGCCAUGCUGGCCCUGGAAGCCCAUCAGUCUAUUUCAGUAUGUCACCCAGCAGAAGCCAUGCUGUGUCUGGAAGCGACUCCAGCUUCUUCAGCAUGUCACCCAGCAGAAGCCACGCUGCCUCUGGAAGCGACCUAUCCGCCGCAUAUUUCCGGCCUCCCUUUGUACCCCAAGCAGCGAGUUCCCCUCGUGCUCCUGCUCCUGCUGCAAGCUGGGCAGAUCCAAGAAACAGAACCUACAGUUCUGAAAUGGACCCAGUCUUCAGGAGGUCCCCCAGCAGAAGCCAUACUGUGUCGGGAAGCGACUCAGUCUCCAGUGCAUCACCCAGCAGAAGCCAUCCUGCGUCUGGAAGCGACUCCUUUAGCAUGUCACCCGGCAGUAGCUAUACUUUGUCUGGAAGCGACUCAAUCUUCAAUAUGUCACCCAUCAGAGCCCAUCCUCUGUCUGGAAGCGGCUCAGGCAUCAGUAUGCCAUCCAGCAGAAGCUAUACUGCCUCUGGAAGCGACUCCGUCUUCAGUAUGCCAUCCAGCAGUGACUAUACUGCGUCUGGAAGUGACUCAGGUCACUUCAGUUUCACACCCAACAGAACCUAUUCUAUGUCUGGAAGCGACUCAGUCUUUACUUUUCCAUCCAGCAGCGACUAUAGUUCGCCUGGGUACUUCAGUAUGACACCCGGCAGCACCUAUACUGUGUCUGGAAGCGACUCCAGCUUCUUCAGUAUGUCACCCAGCAGAAGCCAUGCUGCCUCUGGAAGCGACUCAAGCUUCUUCAGUAUGUCACCAAGUAGAAGCCAUGCUGGCCCUGGAAGCCCAUCAGUCUAUUUCAGUAUGUCACCCAGCAGAAGCCAUGCUGUGUCUGGAAGCGACUCCAGCUUCUUCAGCAUGUCACCCAGCAGAAGCCACGCUGCCUCUGGAAGCGACCUAUCCGCCGCAUAUUUCCGGCCUCCCUUUGUACCCCAAGCAGCGAGUUCCCCUCGUGCUCCUGCUCCUGCUGCAAGCUGGGCAGAUCCAAGAAACAGAACCUACAGUUCUGAAAUGGACCCAGUCUUCAGGAGGUCCCCCAGCAGAAGCCAUACUGUGUCGGGAAGCGACUCAGUCUCCAGUGCAUCACCCAGCAGAAGCCAUCCUGCGUCUGGAAGCGACUCCUUUAGCAUGUCACCCGGCAGUAGCUAUACUUUGUCUGGAAGCGACUCAAUCUUCAAUAUGUCACCCAUCAGAGCCCAUCCUCUGUCUGGAAGCGGCUCAGGCAUCAGUAUGCCAUCCAGCAGAAGCUAUACUGCCUCUGGAAGCGACUCCGUCUUCAGUAUGCCAUCCAGCAGUGACUAUACUGCGUCUGGAAGUGACUCAGGUCACUUCAGUUUCACACCCAACAGAACCUAUUCUAUGUCUGGAAGCGACUCAGUCUUUACUUUUCCAUCCAGCAGCGACUAUAGUUCGCCUGGGUACUUCAGUAUGACACCCGGCAGCACCUAUACUGUGUCUGGAAGCGACUCCAGCUUCUUCAGUAUGUCACCCAGCAGAAGCCAUGCUGCCUCUGGAAGCGACUCAAGCUUCUUCAGUAUGUCACCAAGUAGAAGCCAUGCUGGCCCUGGAAGCCCAUCAGUCUAUUUCAGUAUGUCACCCAGCAGAAGCCAUGCUGUGUCUGGAAGCGACUCCAGCUUCUUCAGCAUGUCACCCAGCAGAAGCCACGCUGCCUCUGGAAGCGACCUAUCCGCCGCAUAUUUCCGGCCUCCCUUUGUACCCCAAGCAGCGAGUUCCCCUCGUGCUCCUGCUCCUGCUGCAAGCUGGGCAGAUCCAAGAAACAGAACCUACAGUUCUGAAAUGGACCCAGUCUUCAGGAGGUCCCCCAGCAGAAGCCAUACUGUGUCGGGAAGCGACUCAGUCUCCAGUGCAUCACCCAGCAGAAGCCAUCCUGCGUCUGGAAGCGACUCCUUUAGCAUGUCACCCGGCAGUAGCUAUACUUUGUCUGGAAGCGACUCAAUCUUCAAUAUGUCACCCAUCAGAGCCCAUCCUCUGUCUGGAAGCGGCUCAGGCAUCAGUAUGCCAUCCAGCAGAAGCUAUACUGCCUCUGGAAGCGACUCCGUCUUCAGUAUGCCAUCCAGCAGUGACUAUACUGCGUCUGGAAGUGACUCAGGUCACUUCAGUUUCACACCCAACAGAACCUAUUCUAUGUCUGGAAGCGACUCAGUCUUUACUUUUCCAUCCAGCAGCGACUAUAGUUCGCCUGGGUACUUCAGUAUGACACCCGGCAGCACCUAUACUGUGUCUGGAAGCGACUCCAGCUUCUUCAGUAUGUCACCCAGCAGAAGCCAUGCUGCCUCUGGAAGCGACUCAAGCUUCUUCAGUAUGUCACCAAGUAGAAGCCAUGCUGGCCCUGGAAGCCCAUCAGUCUAUUUCAGUAUGUCACCCAGCAGAAGCCAUGCUGUGUCUGGAAGCGACUCCAGCUUCUUCAGCAUGUCACCCAGCAGAAGCCACGCUGCCUCUGGAAGCGACCUAUCCGCCGCAUAUUUCCGGCCUCCCUUUGUACCCCAAGCAGCGAGUUCCCCUCGUGCUCCUGCUCCUGCUGCACGGCAGAGAGUGCCUAGACCCAGAGCCUCUACUGUGCCUGGAACCAACGUAGGCUCCAUUGUGAUACCAGCCAGACCCUACAGUGUGUCUGACACCAACAUAGCCGCCAGCGUGACACCAGGCAGAACAGGUUUUGGGUCAUCAGUGGAACCAGGCAUCAACCUGAUGCCAACCAGAGCCAAUAUUGGGUCAGCCAUGGAUGCAGCCUCCCCUGACUUUGGCCUCUUUGCUCAGCUCAGGCCUGAGCAGAGCAGACGGAGCUCCGUGGCCGGCACUUCUGGGUGGAUGGCGCCUGAAGUGGUGACAGGUCAACCAUAUGGCCCCAAAGUGGACAUAUGGUCUUUUGGAAUCGUGGGCAUCCAGAUGGUGGAACGAGAAGUUCCUUACAAGAAUGCAAGCCCUGUUUUGGUUAAAAUCCUGACAGCCAGAGGGGAGAGACCACAGCUGCGGCAGCCCAACCGAUUCUCGCCUUCCCUGUGUGACUUCCUGAGCUGCUGCCUGCAGAGAGACGAGGCGCGGCGCUGGUCUGCCGAGGAGCUGCUGAAGCAUCCAUUUGUAACUUCAGCCAAGCCAGCAUCCAUCCUGGCACCAGUCAUCAACUUCGUCAAGAAGGAGAAGAAGGAGGAGAGAAGAAUCUAGCAAUCAAGAUUUAUCUUCAUAACCAA